CUCUUUUGUAUGGGAUGGUGGUUGUCUUGUAAUUCCACAGUUCUUGUUCUGUAAAAGGGUCGCCUCGAUAGUUUGUAAAUUGGUUUAUUGUGCUUGAGAAGAUUGGAGGUCGUGGAAUUGGAAACCGAGUAGGGAGAAUUUCUCUUCGUUGUAGCGAAGCAUGUCUGCCGUUGUGUGCGGAAAGAGGUCGAACAUCUUUGAGGAUUCACCUUCGUCGCCUCCAAUCUCCAAAAGGAUCCGUUGUUCAUCUUCAUCCUCGUCCUCGAGCCAAACCUUUUCGCCGCCAACGGCUAACUCCUUCAGUCCAGUGCUCGAUCAUCUCGCCGCACUCUUUCCCGAUACGGAUAGUGAGUUUCUGGAGAAAGCCCUUGAGGAAGCUGGUGAUGAUUUGGAUUCUGCAAUAAAAAGGCUUAACGAACUUCGGCUUAGUGCUGCAGCAAGUGUCUCUGAUAUUUCUCAGGAAAUUGGCAACCAAUUUUGUUCUGAAGUGGUGAACAGUGGGGAAGUUCCUCAUAGAGAGGAAAAACCUGCAGAAAGCAUUCUUCCUGUUGAUGGAGCAGAGUGGGUGGAACUUUUGGUUAGAGAAGUUUUAAGUGCUCCAAAUUUGGAUGAUGCUAAGGCCCGCUUAUCACGAGCACUUGAGGCAUUGGAGAAGUCCAUUUGUGUGAAUGCUACAUCAGAGGCUGCAAAAAGUUUUCAGGAGGGAAACAUAAUGGUAAAACAGCAACUGGAAGCACUGUUGCAGGAAAAUGUUAUUUUGAAGCGAGCAGUUUCCAUACAACAUGAGAGACAUAAGGCAUUUGAAAAAAUGAGCCAGGAAUUGCAUCAGCUGAAACAGCUGGUAUCUCAAUACCAAGAGCGGAUCCGAAGUCUUGAGGUUAACAACUAUGCCCUCGCAAUGCACCUUAAGCAGGCCCAACAGAGCAGCCCAUUCCCUGGACGUUUCCCUGAUGUGUUUUAAUUAAUACUUUCUGUUGCAUGUUACUUUUUCAUGUGAAGCACACUAAAGGCUUGUGGAUAAUGCAGGGUUGUGGCAUUUCUGCUGGGUGUGAGCGAAUGUUAUGUUUCUUGCUAGUUUGUCAUGCUUUGCGGUGGCUCUCUUAUUUUGUGUGAUAUUUAUGCAACUGGAUUUGUUGCUUAAUUGAGGUGGAUAUACUUACUCCUAACAAGCUAUGCAGUAUGCACCUUUUCACUACCUUUGUUGUGCAAAUGGCUGGGCCAACAGUGAUAUAGGCAUAUUGGAGAAUCAAAUAUCAGAAGAAUAACUGUCGAGAAAAAAAUGGAGAUGUAUUAUUUCGGGAGAGAGAAUGAAAAGCUAAAAAAUGAAUUAAUGUACACUAAACUCUAAUUGUACAAUAUUUAUGCUAGUGUGACUUGAACUAAAAGUGCAUUUGUAUAAGCACAUGUUCG